CGGGACUCGGCGGCGGGAGGGCGGCGGCGGACUGGAGCCGGAGCCGGGCGGCGGCCGGAGGAGCGGUGCAGUACUGCGCCGAGCUGGUGCGAAAGCGUGACUAUGAAGGGUUUCUGUGUUCUCUGCUGUUGCCUGCGGAAUCUCGAACCUCUGCUUUUGCCUUGAGAGCCUUCAAUGUGGAACUGGCUCAGGCAGAUUAAAGACUCCAUAACUCAGAAGACUACAGGUUUGAUGCGGAUGCAGUUCUGGAGGGAGGCUGUGGAAGACAUAUACUGCGAUAACCCACCACGUCAGCCAGUUGCUACAGAACUGUGGAGGGCUGUCAAGAGGCAUAAUUUGACUAAAAUGUGGUUCAUGAAGAUCAUUGAUGAAAGAGAGAAGAAUUUGGAUGAUAGGGCAUACCGUAAUAUCCAGGAGCUCGAAACGUAUGCUGAGAACACUCAGAGUGCUCUCUUGUACCUCACCUUGGAAAUGCUGGGUGUGAGGGACAUCCAUGCUGACCAUGCAGCCAGUCACAUUGGGAAAGCACAAGGCAUAGUUACCUGUUUAAGAGCAACUCCGUAUCAUAGCACAAGACAAAAGGUCUUUCUUCCCAUGGACAUUUGUAUGUUGCAUGGAGUUUCACAAGAGGAUUUCAUAAGGGGCAAGCAAGAGAAAAAUGUGAGAGAUGUAAUUUAUGACAUUGCCAGCCAGGCCCAUAUUCAUCUAGAACAUGAGACAGUUUACUCACAGCCAGGUCCAAUUUGUUAUAUAUAAAUGCUGCCUAAGCGACUUAUUACUGGAAGAGAAACUUCAGGCAGACUUUCGUGAAUGCAGCUAUGUGCCAGCAUGGGAUCAGCACCAUAGAAAGCACCUCUGCAUAUGGUAUUUCACAGCACAGUGAAAUGGCUGCCAGGAAAACAGAGCAUGUUGCCUUUAACUGCUGGUUAGUGUGUGUGGGAGAGGGGAUUCAUUCCCUACCAUGACCAGCCAUGCCCAGAAUUAUGUUGGGUAAAGUGUUUUUUGUUUAUAUCUUUUCUGGCAUACAGCCAAGUGAAUUAUGAAAGACUUUACUUGCUUGGAACAGUGAAUUAUGAGCCCCGAAGAACUGCAGAGUUCUACUCUAUUUUUCUUUCAUGCUUUUAUUUUAGCUACACUCUGAAUUGCUUGUUGGUGCAUAGUACAAAAGCAAAAGAAUGUUUCAUCAGCAAUGCUUGGUCUGCCUCCAUCUGGAAAAUAAAACUUGCAAGAAGCACUGUAAAGAGCUGCUUAUGUCUACAAGUACAUGUCUGUGUAUACUUUGAGUAUUGCCCUCAGUGCUUCCAGUCAAGGUAGUCUGGAAAGAUACCACUUCAGAGUAAAGAAAUGCCAGAUUUAUCUCUGCAUUUGCACCAUUGAUAUAAUCCUCAAUUACAGCAUUAUCUGUGAUCACAGGAUUUUUUGCAGUAGAAAUAGGAGAGCCCUUUUCUGAAGGUAAAAUGAGGGAUCUCUGGUUUGUUCAGUCAGGUGUUAGUUAAUUGAUUAAUGUUUUUAUUUUAUGUUAAUAGUAUGUGUAUAUUAUAACAGCUCUCCAGAACCUACGGGGUCCUACAAGAGAGCCAGAGAGGGACUUUUUACAAGGGCAUGUAGGACAAGGGGAGUGAAAGAGGGCAGGUU